AUCAGCGGUACCGGUACUACCGGUUAUUAAAGCGAAGUGAAUGCAAUUACCAUUUCUUGGUCUUUAAAGGUGUCUAAAACCAUUAUUUCUUGAAGUUUGUGGUGCCAGGACGAUUUAUUACGAAGUAUGGCGUACAGGAAAUGUGAAAUUUGUGGAUUGAGGUCGGAGCGCAAAGAUGGCAAAAAACGCUUCUUUAUGGCCAGAUUUCCACUAGAUGAAUUGCGAUGUAAAGAAUGGGUGAAAAUGGCAGGAAACGAGGAUCUAGUUUAUGUGCCCAUUGAAAAACUCCAUGAAUUAAAAUUUAUCUGUGGAAAGCAUUUUAAAGAUAAUGAUUUUAAUAAAAAAAGGACACAGCUCAAAAAAUCUGCUAUUCCGUCAAUAAAUCUUUCUUCUAUGCCACUUUCGGACGCCAUUCUGUCAGCAUUUCCUUAUUACCUCUUCAAAGAACAGCAACCUUUACAAGAAGAUGAACCCUCAACAUCUUCUGUUUCUGCACAAGUAGAAAUUAGUACAUUUGAAACAAAUACAUACCACAAGCAAAGCCAAGAUGAACCCUCAACAUCUACAUCUACUGCACAAGUACAAGCUACUACAGUUGAUAAUCAAAUUGUUUAUGAAGAUGAUGUUCCACCAGUGGAAUAUACCGUAAACAUUAUGACAAGUGAACAAGACAUUUGUAUGAAAGAUGAACCCUCAACAUCUUCUGUCCGAAAAAGGCGCAAAAGGACAAAUAAAAUGAGUAAUGAAAAUCUGUCUCCACGAAAGAAGAAACUUAUGAAGAGGGUUGAACUUUUGAAAUCAAAAAUUAGAAAAGUUCAAGAAAAAGUAAAAAUGUUUGAUAACAUUCAAUCAAAAACGCUAAAGACAAUGAUGUUUUCGGCAAUAAGAAAUGAAAAUCGCUCUUCUCAGGGCAAACGAUGGUCCGAUAAUGACAAAGCCCUAGCCAUAGCCAUGUACAAGAAAUCGCCAAAGUUAUAUCGGUAUUUAAGGCAUUUGUUACCGUUACCUAGUCCAAGGACUUUACAAAAUGUUCUUAGUAAAAUGCCCAUGAAUCCUGGAUUCAAUAAAUCAAUAAUUGAUCAUCUUAAAAGAAAGGUCAAGGAAUUAUCUUGUAAAGAUAAAACUUGCGUCAUUUUAUUCGAUGAGAUGUCUCUAAAGAAGAGGCUCAUUUUUAAUACUGCUUACGACAAAGUUGAGGGUUUUCAAGAUUUAGGAGAACACGGUCGAUCGGGAGAGUUAGCCGACAAGGCUUUAGUCUUUUUACUACAAGGUGUGCACAAAAAAAUCAAGCAGCCACUUGCACACUACUUUGUGAAAGGUACAAUAUCGUCAGAUAAAUUGGUAGCUAUUAUAAAAAAUACCAUCAAAAUGGUUCUGAAAUCGGUUCUAGAGUAAUCGCAACUGUCUGUGAUCAAGGCCCGAGUAACGUUGGUGCUUUAAAUUUACUGAAAAAGUUUUCUGGGCAGUGUUCUGACAGUAACUUUUAUAUAGUGGAAAAUGAAAAAGUU